AUGACGAAAGAUUGGGACGCUGUGCAGGAUGAGAUCAAGGAGCUAUCUUUCAAUCAGAAGAAGCCUUUGAAGGAGGUGAAGAGGCUAAUGGAGCAGAAGUACAAGUUCAGAGCUUCAACGAGAGCAUACCGCAUGAAGCUUAAGGAAUGGGGUCUGACGCGACACAAGGGCCGCAAGGCGCGCCCGGAGCGCGAUCGCGGCAACAGCUCUGCACGAGAUGACGGACCAACCAGAACGCCAUCAGUGCCUGCUGAGCCUAUGGCAAUCGAUUCCGAGUCUUUGGGGUAUCUUACGAAGACAGGUGGCUGGCAGGUCGUCAGCGAUGGUGAGCUUCCGAACGCUGAACCCACCUUCACGGGCACGCUCAAUCAGACUCCAAACUUGCAAUCUCCCAUUGCGGCCCCAGUGUGGAUGCAAGAUCCACCAGUCGCCUCUAAUUCACUCCAGGAUAUGCUUCAAUGUGUACUGGACAAUGAUUGUGAGAAGCUCGAGAACAUCCUUCUAGAGCACGUCAACCAGGUGAACGAUCCUAUCGGCAUGCCUUUCGAGGUACCCAGCAGUCAAUUUGCCAAUCACCCUGCGCUGACCCAAAUGGUCAUCAUGCAGCACCCUCGUCAGACCUUGCUCGACAUCGCAUGCGGCAUGCCAAACGGACCUGUUGUGUGGGUGCUCCUGACGUAUGGUGCGAAAGGCUCGACGCAUCCGUUAGGCACAGACCUGGCAUUACACAAUGCAAUCAAGAAUGGCCGACACUACACUGUACAAGCACUACUGAUUCCGGGUCGGUCGGAAGUGAAUGGCCUUCCAGGUAAGCGCUGGAGACCGCUGCUACAAGCAGUCUUCUGGACUGGACCCGAGAUAGUCAGUAUCCUACUCAAACGGGGGGCGAGGGUAGACGAUGUUGGACCUUCUCCCACAAGCUCAGGGAUGCAUACUGCUCUGCAAUUGUGUUUGGAACGUCGUGCGCGAGAGUAUGACGAUGAGGCGGUUCGAUCGAAGUGCAACGAAAACUUGAAGCUGCUGCUCUAUGCUGGAGCGAGCAUACACGUCUCACCUCCGGAAGGAUCCACUGCUAGCCCUUUCGAAAUGUUCAUAGAGCCCUGGUGCAACUACGAUCAUUGGAACAUGAGGCUUAGCCGGGCAGAGAUGGACUGUCUUGGGAAAUUUGUCGAAAGAGGCGCCGAUCUUGCUGCAAAAUUCCUUGGUAGCCCAUGCGCAGCCGGUUCGAGCAACACGUUCAUUCACCAGGUCCUCUGGCACUCACCUCCCUGCCUCUCACGGCAAGUGGUGCAAAAUUUUUCUGCUACUGCUCCUCUGAGUGGCAAAACUAUGCUUCACGAGAUAGUAAGUCCCUGUGCGGACGCGAAGCGACAUUGUGGAGAGGCUUUAAACGACAUCGAGCUGCUGUUCAAGCAAGGGGUCGACCCGAAUGCACUCGACAGCCUUGGCGUAACGCCACUGCGGAAGUGUAUUGAGCAAGUUUCAGGUACAGAUGUCCUGGCGAUGACUCAGAAGCUGCUUGACGGGGGUGCGGAUCCGGAAUACGAAGACAUCGAUGGCGUCCAACCGUAUAUUGUUGCGGCCCUAACUCUACAUGACCCUUUACGUUUUGAGGUCCUCCGGAAUAUGCUCGCAAAGAUGAAAGGACAUCACACGAAGACAAAAGAGGGCCGGACGUACAGAUGGGAACCUGGCUUGUUUCCGAUCCCUGAUGAGCCCACUUCCCAGCAAGUCUUGGCUUGUACAAAAGAUGACGGCGAUUUUCGACGCUCGAUGCAUGAAAUGGUCCCUAUAGACUUACAAACAGCUGUUCAGUGUGCUUAUGUCGCCGUCAUUACGGGAAGGCUGCUCGACAAUAUCUCAAAAGCAGCCGUGGUGAACAAGAUCAGCGAGAAGGAUCGAUGGGACAUGAUACUUACGCUUUCGCUACGUAAGGGAGUCAACCUGCCGAACUAUCAAUUUGACCAGGAACUCGUCAUAAACUUGCUUGAUAUCCCCAAGAUGGGCACGAUAGAGAUGAGCGCUGCUAUGACGCCGCGGAUACGUGCCGAAAGCCCUGACGAUAACUCUACCCUACAGGCACGCCUCCCCGAAGAUGUUGAGGUGGACACAAUCCCGGCUUACCAACCAUUCCAGCUGAAUACAAGUAGUCAAUCUACCUUGGUUCGUCCGUCGUCAACUCCGCAACAGGCAUACAACUCUCCUAGUAGCAAUGAUGCUCUCGUGGGCGAUACCACACAACUUCGCUGGCUCGAUCCGGAAUCAUCUAAAGCCUCUGCCCCAGUUGCGUCUUACGUACUGCAGUACAAGUGUGCAGUAUGCGCUGAUGGCCGACUCCUGACAAAGACCGAGUCGCAGAAGCACGUGGAUGAGCAUGCACACACUGAGCAAUGCGACGGCGUCAGUUGCACACGGCGCUUCUGCAAAAGAGCGCGGAACAAUAAAGGAGUGUAA